CCCAGACCCCAGACCCACAAAUCCACCAGCCCAAAUGGCAGCACGAGUAUCGCGAAGACUAUGGCAGCUGAGUCGUCGACACCAUGGCAGGCUGCCUAUGCCAAAACAACGAUCCGGGCUUCUCCCUUUCACCCGCGUACACCUGGAAUCAGGAGCGAUCGUCGGACUGCCAAACGUGGCCCGACGAUUUGCCACACAUACCGAUUUCGAGCCACCAGUCCAGAGGAAAAGCUCCAACGUGGAUGCCACCGCAUUGCGUUCAUCCGGGCCCACACAGCCGCACUGGGCAAGCCAAGACUCACCCAUUGUUGACCGGUUCCACGAGCCCCAAUUCAUCGCCAACUUCGUCGCGUUUGCCGUGGACGGCCACCUCCCCAACGGCACGACCACCAAUCUCCCACUCCUACAACCCAUGGAAGCUCGGCUCCUGGAAGAGCCGACCGCGGCGUGGGCUCCAGUCGAUACGCCCGGUCCGCCCCCUAGUGUGACCUGCGCGAUAGGCAAGGUCCUGGGUCACUGCGGCAGCCACCAAGAUCCCUCCCGCCUCUGCCUCGUGGGCAAAAACAUCCACUUGAUGAAGGCCCGCCUCCGUGACGGGCUGGUCCCGCUCUCCGAGACCCAGUGGCAGGAACAAGACCUCGACAACCCCGCAAAUCUGGAGCGUGCCUGCGAGCAUCUGACCGCCGUGGGAGUCGUCUUCGAGUACCUGCGAAUCAAACAGGUGAGCACGAAUCUUCGAGACCAGUUUAACUUGAUCUCCGACGAGCUGGGCGAGGUGCAGUGGGCCCUGAACGCGCGGCGGCGGGCGAGGCCGGAUCAGUUGGCGGAGCUUCCGGACACCCUCGAUCUCCGCGCUCUGUGGGCGGAAUACGUGUGCGCCGUGUAUGAGGUCAUGACCCGCACCGCGCACGCAUGGGUGGUGGGCCACCUGGCAAGGUUGACGGAGCGGAUGGUGGCUGAAUUCUGCGACACGGCGGCUGUUGAUCAGACAGACCUUCUGGCUCGGCUGACGAAGUUCGAUCGGCGGUGGCGCCUCCUCGCUGAUAUCACGUAUCUCGCUGAUGUCGGGUUCUGGAUGCCCCUGGAGGGGUAUAAGGGGUACCGUGUGCCCACCGGCAUUGUGGCGGGGUUGCAUCAUCCGCAACUACGGGACAUGGAGGAAGCGUAUGCGCAACGGCUCCCUGAGGUGCUCGAGGCACGGCGGCACGCGGCGCCCGACUUAGAGAUCCCGCUGGCGAGCGAGAUGAGCGAGAUAAGUGAAGAGGAGAAACUUUCGAGGGCCCUCGCAUGCCUACGGAGAGUUAGAUCAUUGGAGACGGAGGCGCGGGAUCAACUUCGCUUGGAAAUGCGCGGUUCGUUGUCGCCCCCGCUAACGGAGCUGCCUCCGGCUCCGUGGAUCCAUAGGGUCCUCCGAAAAUGUGCGAGAACAAUCACCGAUUCACUAGAGGAUGCCGGCGCGCAGACCGUUGGGUUCGCCGUUUACCGCGCUGCAUGUCAUGACAUCUCCGACGAGGAGUGGGGGGUGGUCAGAGCAAAGGUGGAAGAGCAUGUGGCCGCGUGGGGCGACCAUGAGCCGGGCGCGGAGGAGGUGAAGCCCCUCCUGAAGCUCGAGUGGUUCGAUUGCAGGGAAUUGGGUAUCGAUCCUAAGGAUACCGAGGCCGUGCGAAGCCACUUCCGUAAUCUCCGCACGCAACACCCUCUGCUAAACCAAUCGAGCUUUCUCAUGCUUGACCCCUGGAGUGCUAGCUCAUACAUGAAAAAAGACCAAGACAAACUCCCCAGGGACUUCCGCCCUGAUAUCCUUGCCAUCGAUGCGGACUUCACGCCGUCAUCCGUCCCCGACGAGAGAAAGGCAAAGUCGCCUGCCUACACCGGGCAGAUGCGGAUCCUUGGGAACCUGGUCUGGAGUGAACUGUAUGCGCUGUCUGUGAUGCAGCCGACGGAGUUGAUGGACCUGUGGUUACUGGCGAUGGAGCACCCGCAGAAGGUGUACACGGGGGCCGUGGUGCCAAGUCAGAUACAAGAGUGGCGAGAGCAGAAUGUGCUUCAGGACGCGAUGAUUGACUCGUAUGAAAGGCUUUUGCAAAGGAAGGAUCCCAAGGCUGCGCAGGCAGUGAGGGAGAUGAAGGAGGGGAAGUAUGGCUUUUGAGAGGCAAGAGAAACGCAGUAGUAUGGCGGCUUUCGCAUGGCCAGAGAGGAAGACCCCCCUCGUUUCUGUAGCCGGUGGAGAAGAUUGAUGAUAUGUACAACUACACCUCCAAGACUGCGUCUGCUGAUUUGUAUCAGUUACUGUCGGCGUUCGUGAAGAAUCCAGCCCACGUGAUCCGAGGCGAUGCACCAAGCGCGUUGCCCACCUUGAGAACUCAGAC